AUACCACAUAUUCAUAUUCAUCUUCUUUAAACACACACACACACAUCUCUCUUAGUUGUGAAAUAUGAAGAAAAUGAAAUCAAACUCCAUUUUGGCAGUUGGUUUUCUUUUGUUUAUGCUUAUUUUCUUACAUCCAUCAUCAACUCAAGCUCAAGAAGUUGAGGAUCAAAGUGGAUUUGAUUAUUUGAGAGGUAGCACAAUGGGACCGGAUAGAUGGGGCGCGAUGAGGAACGAAUGGUCAUUGUGCAGCAACGGUACGAUGCAGUCUCCCAUCGAUAUGUCGAGUAGAAGGGUGGAGAUGGUGGAACACCCUAAGAAUCUAUACAGAAACUAUAAGCCAUGUAAUGCAACCAUGCUUAAUAGAGGUCAUGACAUUAUGGUUAAAUGGAUAGGAGAUGCUGGAUCAAUUAUCAUCAAUGACACCGAGUAUGCUUUAAAACAAGCACAUUGGCACUCACCUUCUGAGCAUACCAUCAAUGGCAUAAGGUUUGAUAUGGAACUACAUAUGGUCCACCUCAGUAUGGACAACAAAAUAGCUGUCAUUGCUGUUCUUUACAGAAUUGGUAGACCUAGCCAUUUUCUUUCCAGGUUGGCUGUAAACAUAUCGUCUAUGAUAGAUCACAAGGGCAUGCGUGGACACAGUGGAAUAAUAAAUCCUAGAGCAAUUCAAAUGAGCAGUAGGAUGUAUUAUCGAUAUAUCGGUUCACUCACCGUCCCGCCUUGUACAGAAAGAGUUGUUUGGACCAUUAGCAGAAGGAUAAGAACAGUUUCAAUACGUCAAGUAAAAUUACUUCGAGAGGCCGUAAAUGAUUAUGCAGAAUAUAAUGCGAGACCAGUACAACCAGAUAAUCUACGAGACAUUCUUCUUUAUGCCCAGCCUCAAGAGAGGAAAUAGAAACGAAUACACACACUGUGCGGCCACUAUUUUUUUUAAUACAUUAAGUCUAUAUGUCUUCAAUUCUGUUAUGUUUUUUGAUAAAUUUGGUUUUCUACUUCUGUCAUAUUCAUAUUGUGAAACUAUUGUCUAUUUUUAUAUGCUUGUUUCAUUUAUCAUUCAUCUUUAAAUUUGUUUUUUAAUUAUUAUUAUAUCUCUGGUUUGAAUAUUAGGAUACUAGU